CAUCGAGGCAGGACGUCUGUCUGCACGACCCGCAUCCGCGCCGCCGCGCCGCGUCGCGUGCUUCGCCUCGCGUUCCGUUCGCUGUCCGGUUCUGUGAUCAAACAGUGUGCCGCCUCGCGAGGCGCCCACGGACUCGGGGACUCCCCUGUGAGUCAGUCAGUGUGCUCCCCGCGGCCAGCCUGGUGCCGCCUGCGACGACCGCCGGACGCGGCUCUGUGGAUUUACCAGUGGAGUGAUACGAAAAGAAAGUGCUUCGAGUGUAGUGCGCGUGCUGCCCCGGCCUGGAUAUACUCGUGGGCACCGCGGUGGUGUUAGUGCAAAGUGUUGUUGGUGUGAGUGUAUUACCAGUGCACCGACGCAUCGAGUCUCCUCGCCUGUGUUGGAUCUAACCCUGUCGCCGCGGCGGCCACCAGCGUUUUCUUCACAAGGCGGCGGUGUCCGAUGGAGGGGCUCGCGCGAUGAGAGGCCCCGUGCGCGCCCCGCGCCCCCCACCCCCGCCACGGCUCGCCCCGCUCGCCGCGCUGCUGGCCCUGCUGGCCCUGCCCUUCCUCAUCGCCUGGGCCGACGCCUUCGACACCUCGCAAUGCAUCGCGCCGCUGGGCAUGCAGUCCGGCGCCAUCCCGGACCACGACCUGUCGGCUAGCUCCUCGUACGAGAGCGGCAACGUGGGGCCGCAGCAUGGACGAGUCCGCACCGAGAGCCAGGGCGGCGCCUGGUGCCCCAAGCUGCAGAUCACCACCUCCCCCAACGAGUGGCUGCAGGUGGAGCUGCACUCGGUGCACGUCAUCACGGCCGUGGAGACGCAGGGCCGCUUCGGCAACGGCCAGGGCCAGGAGUACGCCGAGGCCUACAUGCUGGAGUACUACCGGCCGCGCCUGGACAAGUGGGUGCGCUACCGGGACGAGAACGGCCAGGAGGUGCUCAAGGGCAACGAGAACACCUACCUGGAGGCCAAGCGCGACCUGAACCCGCCCAUCAGGGCUUCGCGCAUCCGCUUCCUGCCCUACUCGUUCCACCGCCGCACCGUGUGCAUGCGCGUCGAGCUGUAUGGCUGCCAGUGGAACGAGGGCGUGGUGUGCUACUCCAUGCCGCAGGGCGACAAGCGCGGUGCCUGGGAGUUCUACGACAACACCUACGACGGCCACUGGGACGGCGACGCGCUGCACCGCGGCCUGGGCCAGCUCACGGACGGGCGCGUGGGGCCCGACAACUUCAAGAUGGGCUACCACGAGCAGGACAGAGGGCUGGGCUGGGUCGGCUGGAAGAACGAGUCGCGGGACGGGCAGCCGAUCGAGAUCAAGUUCGAGUUCGACAAAGUGCGGGAGUUCAAGGCGGUGCACAUCUACUGCAACAACCAGUUCAUGAAGGACGUGCAGGUGUUCGCCGAGGCGCAGGUGCUGUUCAGCGUGGGCGGGCGCCACUUCAACGGGCAGCCCAUCACGUACACCACGCUGGAGGACCGCAUCUUCGAGAGCUCGCGCAACGUGUCCAUCAAGCUGCACCACCGCGUGGGCCGCUUCGUCAAGCUGCGCCUGCACUUCGCCGCCAAGUGGAUGCUCGUCUCGGAGAUCUCCUUCGACUCAUCGGUGGCGCACGGCAACUUCACGACGGAGCCGGCCGAGACGGGCGACACCCCCGUGCAGAGUGACGUCUACGUGGAGAAGGACAAGGACCACACGCGGCAGCAGACCAAGACACCCGUGCCGUCGGCCGAGGAGGACGACUCGACGUACAUGGCGGUCAUCAUGGGCGUGCUCAUUGCCGUGAUCCUGCUGCUGGCGGCCGUCAUCUUCGUCAUCGUGUCGCGCCACCGCAAGCGCAAGUGCUUCGCGUCGCCGCUCAACUCCAAGAGCGCCCUGCCCACGUCGCACGCCGCGCUCAGCGCCUCGGAGAAGGGCGGCGGCUCGUCGGCGGGCACCCUGGGCACCCUAGGCGGCGCGUACGGUGUCCGCGAGGUGGGCGCCGGCCUGGUGGACGGCUACGGCCACGUGCACGGCGCGCCGCCAGCCAACGGACCCAGCCUCGGCGGCGACAUGGACCACCUGCUGGAGGGCAAGCUGGACGACUACCAGGAGCCCUACCAGGCCCUCAAGUACGCGCCGUACUACUCCUACUCCACCGUGGUCAUGGAGCUCGGCGACCAGCUCAGCAAGUCCGCCACCACACCUUCCGGUGAGGAGAACAACGACACCACGUACGACUACGCCGUGCCCGAGUCGGGCGGCGGCAUCCCGCUGCUCAGCCCCGAGGCCGCGCUGCCCCUGCCGUCGUCGCGCGCCUCGGACAAGGGGAGUUUGUUCUCCAAGUCCUCCUCCUGCAACGGGUCGCGGUCGGACGACGCCAAGAGCAGAACGUCGCCCGCCCACCACCAGCAGGACGUGCUGCGCUCCCUCAAGCGGCGCCUGCAGACCGCCGUGCCCGAGUUCCCGCAGCACCGACUCAAGCUGCUGGCCAGGCUUGGCGACGGUGCCUUCGGAACGCUGUACGUGGCUGAGGCCGACGGCAUCCCGGAGUACGGCACGACGGUGUCCGUGGGCAAGCGCCUGGUGGCCGUCAAGUUCCUGAACCAGGGCGCCGGCGAGAAGGAGAAGAUGGACUUCCACAAGGACGUGCGGCUGCUGUCCGCCCUGGAGGACCCCCGCCUGGCGCGCGUGCUGGGCAUGUGCUCGCGCGGCGAGCCGCUGUGCGUGGCGCUCGAGUACCUGCCCAACGGCGACCUGCACCGCUUCCUGCGCGAGCGCGCGCCCCACCUGGACCACCUGGGCAUGGAGCACCACCUGGAGGACGACCAGGUCGUCAGCUUCAACACGCUGCUCUACAUGGCGUCGCAGAUCGCCUCCGGCAUGCGCUACCUGGAGACGCUCAACUUCGUGCACCGCGACCUGGCGGCGAGGAACUGCCUGGUGGGCGACAACUUCGAGAUCAAGAUCUCCGACUUCGGCACCGACAACGAACUGUACGCCGCCGACUACUACACGUUCGGCGAGAGCGUGCAGCUGCCGGUGCGGUGGAUGGCCUGGGAGUCCGUCUUCCUGGGCAAGUACACGACGAAGAGCGACGUGUGGGCGUUCGCCGUGACGCUCUGGGAGAUGCUGCACUACUGCUCGGCGGCGCCGUACCCGGAGCUGGACAACCCGGGCGUGGUUGACAACCUGUCGCACCUGCGGCCCGGCGAGGACCCGCAGCUGUUCGAGCCGCUGUGCAUGCCGCCGCUGCCCGCCGGGGCGCGCGACGUGUUCGACCUGAUGUGCGAGUGCUGGCGGCGCGGCGAGGCGGAGCGGCCCUCGUUCCGCGAGAUCCACCUCUUCCUCCAGAGGAAGAACCUGGGGUACGCGCCGGUGCUGACGUGACGGCCGCAGCGCCUCGCCACGGUGCGCCACUCCAGGACGUCCUCGUGCUCGGCCAGGUUCCUGGUGCCGGGCGGCGCGUCGCGCUACCAGAUCCACGACGCCGGCUUCCUGGCCAGCCUGCGCGGCAAGAGGACCGGGUCCCUGCCGCCAGCGACGGACUGCUAGAGCCUGGCCCCGCCGUGGCCUGGCAGCCAACUGUGACAAUCAACCGUGGUGGGGCCACCGCGGCCCCGGCCGGUCUCGACCAAGAAAGUAAUGGAAAAUAAUACUGCUAUACGUGUAUCAUAUCCCUGUGCUUGGACCUGUAGAUAGCUCAACGACUGAAGACUGUCGCUGUCUGAACUGCAAGUUCCUCUGUUGCAUAGCUUUGUCUACCAUUUGUUGAUGGAGUUGUAUAGAUGUGUCAUAUGUAGAGUCAAGUUUUAUCAGAGCAAAUGUGUUCGCGUACUUUCAUUUUGUAUCUAUUUGGUGUCAUGUUGCCUCCUUGUAGUUAGAGACGUUUUGUACAUAUUAUUGUUGUAAUAAGUUAUUGUUCGUCGUGUGUUAUGAUAGCUCUUUUACCUGACUUGAAUUUCAGACUGCUGUAUAAUGACCCUGUCUCACGAAUGGAUAUCUCUCUUCUCAGCACAAGCAGACUUGAAUUGUAAAGCACUGAUUCUCUUCUACCCUUUUUUGACUAUUCUUGUGUAGGUGCUUGAUGGUUCAUUUUCACCAUAAAAAAAUAAUUCAAUUACAUCUACUUGGAAUUGAAUCUAUGCUUUCCUUGGCAUGUUGAACCCUAGGAGAGUAUUAAAUUAUUUUACCAGUAUUUUUCCCUUGGGACCAUAUUAAUGGCAUCCAACCAAAGUCACCAUUAAAAAAAUAAAAAUAAGAAAUCAAACUUUUCCGGGUAUUUUAAAUUAAUGCUUCAGACUGACUACCCUUUGACUAUACCUUCUUACAAGCUAAAUGGUGCUACAUGCAUAAAAAAAUAUUUCAAAACAUUUUUGUUUACGACUUGAAUGCUUGUUUGUAAAUGUAUGUAACUAUCGUGUCACUUUUUGUUUGUUCAUGUCAAAUUGAAAUCUGUCUUUUAUGUAAAGGAGCUCUUGAAGUAGCUUGUGAUAUUUUUAUAGUAAGCUUCAUAUUUAUGUUUAUUUAUCAGAUGGUUUCCAAGAGCCUAUACAGAGAUGUAUGUACAUUUUUAUUCACUGGGGGUUCAUAAAUAUUAAGUGAAACAAUGAGCAUAUGCCUAUGGAUUAAUUAAGAGGCUUGCCUCUGACUUUGUACUCAGUGUACAGUCUAGCUACUUUAGGCACUUUGCUCUAACCUAGUCACGUAGUAUAAUGUGAAAAGACCUUUACGCUGUGAUUAAAGUUAUCUUUUUUUUUAAUCGACACAUGAUGAUGUGUGUAGGAUACUUUCUAGGUGCAUCAACGGCUCUUAACAGCCGCUUUGUUAUUUAUAAGUAUAAACGGACUUGGUUAUUCAUAAACAUGCCGUGUUCUAGGUCGCUUUACUCAUCAGCACAGACACUUUCAACUGCACUGAGAAAUUGAGAGUAGUAAACCUCUUUCCAACAGUGUUUCAAACACCUUGGCACCAAUGCAUCUUCCUUAAUACAUUAGAUUUGGAUUUUUUUUUUCUAAGCAUCAACAACUAUGAUAAGGCACAUACAAAAUGUUCCAUGUGAAGUCUUUUUCACAAAUGCAUUAGAAGUGCACUAAUCUCACGGUAUGUUUCAAUUCUCUCAAGUGGACUGCCACUGCCUGUUUAAAGACUUUCAAAUGUAUAAUUCUCUAAACCAUGUUUCAAGGAAUGGUGCCUAAACAUCUUGAUAAACUUUUUAAUAUUCUGAUUUUUCUUCUGAAUAUGUGCAGGACUUUAAUUUCGAAGUCUGUGUGGUCUGCUAUCCAGCAGACAUGAUGAUCAAUCCUUUAUUUUGCAUAAUAAUGAUGACAAUUGUUAACCGUAAAUUGCCUGUAUACCAAUGUCGAAUUUUUAAUACUUGUCAACAAGAAAAUAUUGCACAAUCAAACGCAUAUCAUUGGGUGGGUCAUUUGUUGGGGCUAUUCUGGAAACGCCCCGUGUGAACGCCCGUACGAUGUGUACAUAAAAUUGGAUGUAGAAUGGCCAUGUAUCAUUACGAUUGAAAUAAAGAGCUCUAGAAAG